AUGGAUGGCCGAAACUUGCAACCGGAGGGCACUCAAUCCGUGACCCACAACACACCCACCUCCAUCCAAAACAUAGCUGCGACCACAGACGGCUCAUACGAUCCCACCCAUGAAAUCAACGUCACCGUGCAGCCGGACAAUUUAUCGAAUCCACAGCCUUCACACCCCAAUGAGGCGCUGAACUCGCAUAAUGAGCCACAACCUGCAGCUUCAGCGAUAUCCAUCAGCGAGCCUCGGCGAUCUUUGGACAAUGCCUUUGAUCCGGAGGGAUUGGCGCAUUCUUCGCUUCCGGCGGAUGAUGGGAUGGGAGUUCUGAGAAGCAAGAUCAUCGCAAUCAGGGAUUUGCGGCUCACCAAUGUUGAAAAGGCGCGAAUGGUUCACGGUCUAAUGACAGAAGGUUACAACUCGGCCCGUGAGCUUCCAAGCACCCCUGGCAUGGGGGUUUUCUCACCUCCAUCGAGCCCACAAAGCUUAGGACUGCCAACAAACCAAGAGACUCCCCGGGCCUGGGAGAUCAAUACUUCUAGACCGGGCUCACCAUACUCUGAAUCAGUUCCUCUAUACGAGAACACCUUCAAUCUCACACCUGAAGAUCUGCAACCCACUUUCGUGCCCAAGGCAGAAACAGAGCCACCAGAACUUGAGACUGGGGAUGAAGACCGUGACACAGAAGAACAAGAAGAGAUCAUUCUAGGAUGUGUGCAUUAUCAGCGCAAUGUCAAACUUGAGUGCCACACUUGCAAAAAAUGGUAUACCUGCCGCUUCUGCCAUGACGCAGUGGAAGACCACUCUCUCGUUCGUCGAGACACCGAAAAUAUGCUUUCAACAAGAGCAUCUAUCAUUGCAGCGACUGCGGUAUAUGUCGAAUUGGACAGGGACUGGGAAAAGAUUUUUUCCAUUGCCAGACAUGCUCUCAAGACCAUCACCAACAUGGAAUCGACAUUCCGAAACCUGGAUCGCACCAUUGAGAGUCAGCCUAUGCCCGUCGAGUUCAAAGACACCAAAGGCCUUAUUUACUGCAACGAUUGCGGUUCAAAGUCAGUUGUCAAGUAUCAUUGGCUCGGCUUAAGAUGUGAUUUAUGUGAGUCGUACAAUACGGCCCAACUUCGCAUUUUGCACGGAGAUAUGUCUUCUCAACCCGAGGAAGACUCCGAGGAAGGAGGUCUUCCUCGGCCUCGGUCAUCUUCACUCAUUGAAAACGAUGACUCGAUGUCGUCUUCAGUGGCAACAUUAAAUGUCAAUAACACAUCGGAUUCUCAUUCACGGCUCAGUGUCCCUAUGUCCUCCGAACCCGUCAGACGAUACUCAUCCUACAACAUUACACGAGGCCGUGCUGUCUCGCCCGUCGUCAGUAACUACUUUGGACUGCCGGCUGAGCGUGAAUCAGAAAAACCUUCAUCUAUGCCCUUCUUUGGAGGUCCAUCUCGUGGCGAGAAUGAAGACUAUGGAGCAUUGAAUUUCUUAAGCAAGAAGCUUACAUACCGAUAUGGACUGUUUGGUGGUGAGACUAAAUCAACUGAAAACGUAUUGGAAGCUGGGAAGGAAGAAGAUGACGGUGAGUCUUCUGACUCGGCUGAAUCGGAUGGUUCUCAUGGCACCGAGAACGACGACGACGACGAAGAGGAAGAUCAAGAUCAUAUUCAAAUUUUCGGUCAUCAAUGA